AUGCACACCCCCUUCAAGCUCGUCCUCGCAGCCCUCGCAGCCAGCGCAUCAUCAGCAAUGUUCCUGCCCCCGCAGCUCUCCGCAACCAUCAUCUCCCCCUCGGACAACAUCAGCACCCGCUGGCCCAUCAACACGACCUGGCCCGGCGGCAUGCCCUGGAGCUUCGAGUUCCACGAGCCCGGCCCGCCCUUCGGCGUCCCCAUCUCCAUCCCGGCCUUCAUCCCCGCCGGGCCCGUCACCCCGCCCGCGACCCCGCGCCCGGCCCCCACCUCCUCGUACACCUUCGCCCGGCCCUUCGGCUGGACUGCCCGCCACCGCGCCGGCGGCGGCACCACAACCACCCUCGCGACCGCCGUCGUCGCCGUCCGCGGAGACGCCAGGUCGCCGCCGCCAACGGAGGCCGCGCAUCUGCCCCCCCUGCCGCGGGCGAGAGGUCGUGCUCGGCGUGAGCGACGGGCGCGGGUGCUGUGGAACGCUUGA